UCGUAUUAGCAAAAAACUCGAACAGUUAACUUCUUUAACCUGAAAAGUCUUAUCAUCAGUUCGUGUCUUUUUUCUUUGGGUUUUGUUUAGGAAACUGAACAUGUCUUAAACUCUGCAGGAAGGGUUUUGUGGUGUUUGGGAGAAUUAGGCAGUUGUUGGUGAUCCGAUUUUUCUGGGUUGGGUUUUUUUAUUUAAUUAUAUAAAAAUGGCGGGUCAAGAGGACGAGCAUGAUCCAAUUCUUGACGAUAAAAAAGAAGCUGAAGCAAAAUCUGAGGUUUGUGUUGGUGGUGGUGAGAGAGAUAUGGCUCCUUCUACUUCUGGAACUUCGAUCCACAGAUCAGGCUCUAGACCUCAGCUUGAUCUGAGCAAAGCUGAAAUUCAGGGGAAUCUCGAGGAGAGAGAUCCCACCAUUUUGUUGCCUAAUCAGUCUGAUGAUAUCUCUCAUUUGGCUCUUGAUAUCGGAGGUUCUUUGAUAAAGUUGUUGUAUUUUUCACGACAUGAGGACUACUCCAAUGAUGGUGAUAAGCGGAAGAGGACGAUCAAGGAGAGAUUGGGUAUUACCAAUGGCAACUUGAGAAGCUAUCCUGUUCUUGGUGGCAGACUUCAUUUUGUCAAGUUUGAGACUCACAAAAUUAAUGAGUGCUUGGAUUUUAUUCAUUCCAAGCAGCUUCAUCGCCGAGAUCCUUAUCCUUGGAGUUCAAAAACCUUGCCUUUGGGGACUGGUGUUAUCAAGGUCACAGGUGGCGGGGCCUAUAAAUUUGCAGACUUGUUCAAGGAACGGCUGGGCGUUAGUAUUGAGAAAGAAGAUGAAAUGCAUUGCCUUGUUUCUGGAGCAAAUUUUUUGCUCAAAGCUAUUCGACAUGAAGCCUUCACGCACAUGGAGGGUGAGAAAGAAUUUGUACAGAUAGAUCCCAAUGACUUGUAUCCCUAUCUUCUUGUGAACGUUGGAUCUGGUGUUAGCAUAAUCAAGGUUGAUGGUGAAGGAAAGUUUGAACGUGUGAGUGGGACUAAUGUUGGCGGUGGUACCUAUUGGGGCUUAGGAAGACUUCUAACAAAGUGCAAGAGUUUUGAUGAAUUGCUAGAACUCAGCCAAAAGGGAGAUAAUAGUGCCAUUGACAUGCUCGUUGGUGAUAUUUAUGGUGGCAUGGAUUAUUCCAAGAUUGGUCUGUCUGCUUCAACAAUAGCUUCUAGUUUUGGCAAGGCCAUAUCUGAAAAUAAGGAACUGGAUGAUUACAGACCUGAAGAUAUUUCCUUGUCUCUGUUGCGGAUGAUUUCGUACAAUAUUGGGCAGAUAUCAUACUUGAAUGCCCUUCGCUUUGGGUUGAAGCGAAUAUUUUUUGGAGGAUUUUUCAUAAGGGGUCACGCAUAUACCAUGGACACAAUUUCCUUUGCUGUACAUUUCUGGUCGAAAGGAGAGAUGCAAGCUAUGUUCUUGAGGCAUGAAGGUUUUCUGGGUGCUCUUGGUGCCUUCAUGAGCUAUGAGAAGCACGGAUUGGAUGAUUUAAUGUCCCAUCAGUUGGUUGAGAGGUUCCCAAUGGGUGCACCAUAUACUGGAGGAAAUAUUCACGGACCACCGCUCGGUGAUUUGAACGAGAAGAUUUCGUGGAUGGAGAAGUUUGUGCGUAGAGGAACUGAAAUAACUGCUCCUGUACCGAUGACUCCAUCAAAAACGACUGGGCUUGGAGGGUUUGAAGUUCCCUCAUCCAGAGGUAGUGCUCUAAGAUCUGACGCCAGUGCUUUAAAUGUUGGUGUUCUCCAUUUUGUGCCCACACUGGAGGUGUUUCCAUUACUGGCUGAUCCAAAGACGUAUGAGCCUAACACGAUUGAUCUAUCAGAUCAAGGCGAACGAGAGUACUGGCUCAAAGUUUUGUCCGAGCAUUUGCCAGACCUCGUUGAUACGGCUGUGGCAAGUGAAGGAGGAACUGAGGAUGCGAAAAGGCGGGGUGAUGCUUUUGCUCGUGCCUUUUCUGCUCAUUUGGCAAGAUUAAUGGAGGAGCCAGCUGCAUAUGGAAAGCUAGGGCUAGCAAAUCUUUUGGAACUUAGGGAAGAAUGCUUAAGGGAAUUCCAGUUUGUUGAUGCCUAUAGAAGCAUCAAGCAAAGGGAGAACGAGGCAUCACUUGCUGUUUUACCUGAUUUACUUGAAGAGCUUGAUUCGAUGAGCGAGGAGGCAAGGUUGCUUACACUUAUAGAAGGUGUUCUUGCAGCUAACAUAUUCGACUGGGGAUCUCGAGCAUGUGUGGAUCUAUAUCACAAAGGAACCAUUAUUGAAAUAUACAGAAUGAGCCGCAACAAGAUGCAGAGACCGUGGAGGGUAGAUGAUUUUGAUGCUUUUAAAGAAAGAAUGCUUGGAUCUGGAGGUAAGCAGCCUCAUCGACAUAAAAGAGCAUUACUUUUUGUUGAUAACUCGGGCGCAGACGUCAUUCUUGGGAUGCUUCCUCUUGCCCGAGAGUUUCUCCGCCGUGGGACUGAAGUUGUUCUAGUGGCGAACUCUCUUCCUGCUCUUAACGACGUGACCGCUAUGGAACUCCCUGAUAUAGUCGCUGGGGCUGCUAAGCACUGUGACAUCUUGAGGAGAGCGGCAGAAAUGGGAGGCUUACUUGUGGAUGCGAUGGUAAAUCCGGGGGAUGGAUCAAAGAAGGAUUCAACGUCAGCACCAUUGAUGGUUGUUGAAAAUGGAUGUGGAAGUCCUUGCAUUGACCUCAGACAAGUCAGCUCUGAGCUUGCAGCCGCUGCCAAAGACGCUGAUCUUGUUGUCUUGGAAGGUAUGGGUAGAGCACUUCACACCAACUUCAACGCUCAAUUCCAAUGCGAGGCUCUCAAGCUAGCAAUGGUGAAAAAUCAGAGAUUGGCUGAGAAGUUGAUAAAAGGAAACAUUUAUGAUUGUGUAUGCAGAUACGAGCCUCCCUCUCUUUAACAAUGUAAUGUUAAGUUUCUUCAACCUUUAGACUACUUUGCCUCAAUAGCUUAUUGGCUCACUGUUGUAUACAGAUUAAGCAUUCGGCAUAUGUAUUUUUUUUAUUUAGACUAAACUUUUACUGUAUAAAAUUGUAUUUGAAUAAAUCAAAAUCGCUUGCUAAA